AUGGGAGUUACAGUAGCAUAUGCGUGGUGCGCAGCAAGGCAAACCCGUCUGUGUCAGCCACUACAGUAUGACCGCUCACACCCGUUGCCUCAAAUGUGGGCAUACAUACCGUACAGAAGUUCGCCAUUUCAAAAUUUUUUUAAAUUUUUCCCCCGCAGUACAGCAUGCCCUUUCUCUCUCCUGAAAUUUCCUUCAAAUUCUCUGCCAAGCUUUACAGCACAGAGGCUUCACGUCCCCCCUAGCACAUCCCCCAACUUUGUGCUUGCAUCCUCGUCAGCAGGCGAGGCAAACUCGCGCCCCGUUCAUGCGGCGCCCCACUCCCGCGCCCUCCCCGCCCCUUUCGACGCCUCCCUCGCCGCCGCUGACGCCGCCAGCCCCCGUCUUCCACACCUCCCUCGCCGGCAACCUCCCGCACUCCUCCAUGGGCGGCCACUACGUCCCGGUGCGGUCUUCCGUGCGCCCCGACGCCCUCUCCGAUGA